CCUUGAACCCAUUUUAUGGAGUCACUUCUUACUAAGCUACCAUAAAAUACUAAAAUUGAAACCUUAUAAAUGAGGAGGGAAAGGAGCUGUGCAGUUCUUGGCAGAAGCAGCUUCUCCAGAGACUCUUCCCUAGACAUCCCUCUGAGAUGGCACAGAGGAGCAGCCUCGCAGUCCCCUAUGAGGUUCCUCUUCUUGCUGUUUGCCUUUUGGUGCGUGUAGCCACAGGUCUGGAGUUGUCAGUAAAUAACCACAAUGCUGACUUCUCCCUGCUUACAUCACCUGGCCCUGCUCUCUCCCUCUCCUGCCUGGUACAGAACAGCAGUGAGGCUGAGGAGCUGCUCUGGUACCGAGGAGAUGGAAAAGUGGAUCUGAAAGAUGGGAAUAAAGUGAACAUCAGUAACAUCUGCAUAUCCCCAGUCACUGAGUCCGACAACGGAGUCACCUUCACGUGCAAGCUGGCACGGGACACGUCUGUGCAGGUGUCUGUGAUCCUGGAUGUCCAGUUUCCUCCCCACCUGUCUGGAGAAGAGUCCUUCCACAUUGAAGAAGACAAAGACGUUACUCUGUCCUGCAACUCCAAAUCCAACCCUCAGGCCCAUGCAGCUUGGUACAAGAACAACACCACCCUGACCCUGCAGGAGCACCGUUACCAGAUCCACCAGACCAGUGAGGUCUUUCAGCUCUCCAUCAAACAAGUGCAGAUGUCUGACAACGGGACCUACACCUGUGUGAUGAGUUAUCCUUUCAGCGAGUGGAGAAAGGAUUUCCACUUGAUAGUUGAAGACAAACAGCCUGUUUUCCCCACGGAGGCCAUUAUUGCUGCUGCUGUGGUGGUUACACUCACUAUCCUUUUUGGAAUUGUGGCUCAAAAAGAUAACAUUUUUAAGUGCUUCAAGACAUCAAAUGAAACAGCUCUGUGAAGACCACAAGGAUCCUGUGCACACCCAGAAAUCAUAAUUUCUACUGCUGGAAUGAAGCCCUUGAGUGAGAUGUUGAGAUAAAAGCACUGAAACAAGUUUUUUUGGGUCAAGUUUAUAUGAUCUUUUCAAAAUAUAAUUGGUUCUUUGCAUGUGUUCAGUCUAACCUACUGCUUAGAGCAGUGCCAUGGGGGGUGGACUGCUGGAGCUGCUGCCACGUCUUGCCUUCCAUACUUACUCCUACAAAGUACACACGUGCA